AUGAAAAGGUACGAUUUAUUGUUAUUCGUUUAGCCAAUAUAUAAUACCUAUAUCAAGUAUUUUAGAAUUUAAUACGGCAAGUUUAUUUUCAUAGGCAAACCACUCCCAUGAGGUGAGGACUUAAAGUAAGAAUUCAAAUUCAGAAAAUUAUUAGAUGCAUCAUACUAUUUCUCAAAUCAGAAUCCAAGACAGGUACCUAAUAAUCAGAAAUCUGAAGUAGAAUACCUUUCAGAUUCUUGAGGAUGAUACUAAAAGAGAAUUGUCUAAUAUAAUGACAAAAAUACUAUGUUUAGAUUAAUCUGUCUGA